UUUUAGUGGCAGUCAUUUCCGGCUAACAGCUCAGCUGCUGAAUUUUCGCCGAGCCCUCUCUCGCAACGCUUCGAUAGACCAGCACUUCACUCUUCAUUAUUUAAUCUAUUUAUAUCUGAUAUUUUCGUGAGACUCGUCGCCUCUUACAGAUCAGUCCAGGAUCAUGAGAUACUGAAUGUGAAACUAUCUUAAGCGCGCUCUCGAGCUCAGGAGUGAACUCAUAACAGAAGUGAAAGUAUGAUGGCCUCGGAGCUCCUUGAGUUAAAUGUAACUCCACAAUAUAAACGAAGAGAUAUAUAAACGGUGUGUGGUGACAACCAUCUACACGUCGUUUAAACAGCUUCUGGAGCGCGUCAUGGAAAUUAGGUAUUCACAGCUGUGUUUUCUACCUGUGUUCCUGUUUAUAAAUGGAGUGUCUCUGCAGGAGUCUGUUGAGGGUUUUAUUGGAGGUUCUGCUGUUUUACCUUGUUCUUCUGAAGAAUCAACGCUCACAGUUCAAGACAUAGAGCUAGUGCUCUGGAGACGCAAUUACGACCAGAAUGUGUAUGAGAUUAUUAAUGGUCAAGUCUCUGUGGAAGGACAGGAUCCAGUGUACAGGAACAGAGUUGAAAGCUUUCCUGAGGAGUAUCUGAGAGGAAACUUCUCCAUCAAACUCAACAAUCUUCAAAACACUGAUGCAGGAGAAUACUGGUGCUACAUCUUCAUGAAGGAACAAGUAUUCAGGAUUGUUGAGCUUUCGAUUAAAGAGAGACCAGAAAGACAACUUCCCAGUGAAGGCACAAAACCAAGACCAGAGAUGACUGUUCUGAUCAUUUCUGCUCUGUUUAUUGGUAUUAUAUCUUCAUUGGCUGUAAGUUCUCAUAAGUAUGUCAACUGUGUCACAGGGGUUUCACAGCAUCCCAAGCCUGGAUAAGAGAUUGAACAGAAGCAGCCCCCCUUCCCGAUCUCAUCUACAGCAUCUUUAAAGGCCCAGACCAGGAACAGAUUAGCACAACUCCAAAGACCUGCGCCCAGCUCACCUGUAGGAGACCGACGCCGCACACAGGCCGGAGGAGGAGACAGGCAAAGCCAGGAGGAGGAAGAGCUGGAGAACUACUUUAUAUAUUCACUACAAUAUCACCAGAAGGUGCUUCUCGACACCUGAUGUCUUCAUGAAUGAAUUUCAGCUGAGAGAGAGAGAGAGAUCGGGAAAGAUCCAUGAGUCGGGAUUCAAGUUCAGGACGCCAGCAGCGCAGCGGCUCUGUGUGACGGCGCCAGCAAUAUAUUGAACUUUUCUGAACUAUCUUGUACAGCUAGAAAUAUUACGUUAUUAACAAGUAAUACAUAUUCAGAAAUGUUUUUAAAGGAACUAUUGAAUGUUUGAAUCAUAUAUAGUAAUAUAGUAUCACUUGUUUUGUACGGUUUAUAUAUAGUUUAAUUAAUUGCAGAUUUAAAUAAAAAAUAUGGAUAAUUAAACAAUAUUGUAUUUAUUU